GAUCAGGGAGGCCCAAUGGGCUUAAGUUAAAGCCCGGUCAAUAAAAUGUGACGGGAAGCCCAAAAACUUCCGUCUACAGACUAACUCCGUUUGCUUUCCGGGAAACGGGUCAAACGCCAUUUUCGUUUCUUCACGGUAAACCAAACGAGAAGCAUCGUCUCUCUACUCGACUGCUACGCCGCAAAAUGACGAAACUACCCCUCUUCGUCUCCCUCCUCCUCCUCUCCGCCGCCAGUUUCAUCACCCUCACAUCGGCGGAGACAAAGUCCCUCACAAUCUCCGACGACGACAGACCGAUGAUCCUCUUCGAAAAGUUCGGAUUCACUCGAUCGGGCCACGUCAGCGUCUCCGUCUCCUCCGUAUCGGUAACCUCCCCUUCGGCCGCCGCGAUCCCGGAUCCGUCGCGGCUGGGGUUCUUCCUCAUGUCGGAGGAGUCGCUCCUCCAGGUCCUCCUCGAGAUCCAGCAGAACCCUAGCUUCUGCGUGCUCGACUCCCCUUACGUCCUCCACCUCUUCACGCUCCACGAUCUAUCGCCCCCGCCGAGCUCCAGUUACGAGCACUUGUACCCCGUGACUUCCCCCAACGAGUACUCUCUCUUCUUCGUCAAUUGCGUGAGGGAUACGAAGAUCUCGAUGAAGGUUAGAACCGAGAUGUAUAAUUUAGAUCCGAACGGGUCGAAGGAUUACCUCCCCGCCGGGUCAACCCGAUUACCCGAAUUGUAUUUCUUAUUCUUUAUCGGAUACUUAGCUUUCCUUGGCCUCUGGGGGUAUGUUUGUUGGGUUAAUAAAAGAGUCGUUCAUAGGAUCCACGUCCUCAUGGCGGCGCUUCUGUUAAUGAAGGCUUUGAAUCUGAUCUGCGCCGCUGAGGAUAAACACUACGUGAAGGUCACUGGAACUCCUCACGGAUGGGAUGUGUUGUUCUAUAUUUUUCAGUUUAUUCGUGUUGUUCUGCUCUUCACGGUGAUUGUGUUGAUCGGGACUGGGUGGUCUUUCUUGAAGCCGUUCUUGCAGGAGAAGGAGAAGAACGUGUUGAUGGUUGUUGUUCCUCUCCAGGUUCUCGCCAACAUUGCUUCGAUUGUGAUCGGAGAGACGGGGCCUUUUAUUAAAGACUGGGUGACGUGGAACCAGGUGUUCUUGCUUGUGGAUAUAGUGUGCUGUUGUGCUAUCUUGUUCCCUAUUGUGUGGUCGAUACGUUCGCUGAGGGAGACUUCGAAAACCGAUGGGAAAGCGGCGAGGAACUUGGCGAAGUUGACUCUGUUUAGACAGUUUUAUAUUGUGGUGAUAGGGUACUUGUAUUUUACGAGGAUUGUGGUGUUUGCGUUGAAGUCGAUCGCGGCGUAUAAGUAUCUGUGGGUGAGCAAUGCGGCUGAGGAGAUUGCGAGUUUGGUGUUUUACAUGGUGAUGUUCUAUAUGUUCAGGCCGGUUGAGAAGAAUGAGUAUUUUGUACUAGAUGACGAAGAUGAGGAAGCCGCGGAGCUGGCUUUGAAGGAGGAUGAUUUUGAUCUCUGAAUCAGAUCAAGAACUUUCGUUGACUAUCCAAAGCCAUGAAGAGGAGGUUUGCUUUCUCUUUUCUUCGUCUUUUUCUAUUAAACUUCAAAGUAGUUUGUUUGCAAAGGGGAAUUACUGUGUAUGUAGUGCUGCUCUCUUACGUUGUAAAAGCUUCUUUGCCCCUAAGACUUUUUUUGCUUGUAAGAAAGAUUAGUGCAUCUGUUGUUCAGUGUGUCUAUUGCCAUUAA